AUGAGGGAGAAUGGAAGAAGAAGAACAUACGCAGACCUUGUCAUCCACAGUAGCUUGGAGCCACAACCAGUAGAAUCGGAGGACUCUAAUGAGGAUAAGGGUAUGUCUGAAGACUUUUUAGAAAGUGACUUUGGGACAGACAUGGGAGAACUGGAGAUGAGUCAAGCUCAAAGGGAAGCCAUACGCCAGAAGAAGAAGGAGGAACAUAGUAACCCAUCUAUCUCAGUCAAAAUGCUUCAAGAUGGCACCUUCAGCAUCCAUGUCAACAAAACUGAGAAGAAAAUAUUGGAGAAGCCUUGGAAGCAGGCGCUCAUUAUCAAGCUUCUAGGGAGAAGGAUUAGUUAUAGAGUCCUCAAAAGGAAAUUGGAUACCAUGUGGGCCAAAAUAGGAGGUAUGGUCUUAAUAGACCUUGGAAAUGAAUACUUUGUUGCCAGGCUGUACAAUGAAGAUGACUAUUGGCAUGUCAUAGAGGGAAGGUCGUGGCUCCUUUUCGACCACUACCUCACUAUCCGGCAAUGGACACUAGAUUUCUAUCCCUUUGGAGUGGCCAUCAAUAAAAUUGCAACAUGGGUAUGCCUCCCAGAUAUCCCUAUUAAAUACUAUAAUAAGCGGUUCCUAGGUACAGUUGGGGAUCAAAUUGAAAAUACAUUGAAAGUGGACAUGUAUACUGCUAGUUAG